AUGGUCAGAUAUAACUUAACAACAUCUAUAUGGUCAACUAUACUCAACAACAUCUAUAUGUUAGCUAUAAUAAACAACAGCUAUAGGUUAGCUAUACUCAGCAACAUCUAUAAGUUAGCUAUACUCAACAGCAUCUAUAUGUUAGCCUUACUCAACAGCAUCUAUAUGUUAGCUAUACUCAACAACAUCUAUAAGUUAGCUAUACUCAACAGCAUCUAUAUGUUAGCUAUACUCAACAACAUCUAUAUGUCAGCUAUACUCAACAACAUCUAUAUGUCAGCUAUACUCAAUAACAUCUAUAUGUCAGCUAUACUCAACAACAUCUAUAUGUUAGCUUUACUCAACAACAUCUAUAUGUCAGCAAUACUCAACAACAGCUAUAUGUCAGCUAUACUCAACAACAUCUAUAUGUCAGCAAUACUCAACAACAGCUAUAUGUCAGCUAUACUCAACAACAUCUAUAUGUUAGCUUUACUCAACAACAUCUAUAUGUUAGCUAUACUCAACAACAUCUAUAUGUCAGCAAUACUCAACAACAUCUAUAUGUCAGCUAUACUCAACAACAUCUAUAUGGUUAACUAUACUCAACAGCAUCUAUAUGUCAGCUAUACUCAACAACAUCUAUAUGUUAGCUAUACUCAACAGCAUCUAUAUGUCAGCUAUACUCAACAACAUCUAUAUGGUUAA